AGCAGGAACAGGCCCUGAGGAGCUGGAGAGGCAGUGAGGGGGGCCAAGAGGUAUCCCCGAGAGACGUCUCCUCUGCAGGCAGAAAUCAUGGAUUUGGAUUUCAGAGAUAAAAGAACACUCCUUGCUCCAUGAAGACAGACACAGGACUCCCUGGUGGAGCAAGGGGUUAAGUUGCAACAUUAUGAAGAUACCCCUGCAGCCACUUCAGCAGAAGUUCCAUGCCCGGCUAGGGAGCUGACCCACAUGGUGCAGCAGACCUCUCCUGUCUCACCUGCUGCUCCCCUCAGCAGUGUAUUUCAGUCAGUCUGCCUGCUCUGCUCUGUCUCUGAUCCUGUAGGAGCCAGAGAAGGGUGAUAGAGUUUUUAUGAGAAAAUUUGGAGGAUCCCAGGGAUCCCACCCAUGGUGAAACACCCCUCAACGAGCGCCGAAUUCUGCCUGUCUACUCUCUUGAGAACCAUCUUCUCUGAGCCAUGAGGCCCCUUGGGACCUAGCAGGGCUCCUGAGCAGCUAACAGCAGGUGCUAACACUGUAAGAAGAUUUGGGGAAGCACUGAAACGUCUCAAGUUCGACGGAACGCCCUAGAAGCCCCGCCAUUUCAAAGCAGCCCUGAGGAGAUGGUGCCCUGCUCCUGCCCCAGCUCUGUGCUCUGCCUCCUCCCCUCCCUGCUGCUCCUCCUCCAGCUGCCCCCUGGGGGGUCCCAAGAGAGGUUCCGUGUGCUUGGCCCUCCAGACCCCAUUGUGGCAGAGCUGGGCGAGGAUGCCACACUGCCCUGCUCCCUGGAUCCAGUCAUGAGUGCAGAGAACAUGGAGUUGAGGUGGCUCCGGACCAAUAAUUUGGAGUCAGUGUUCACCUAUCUAAACCGACAGGAGUGGAAUGAGGGGCUUAUGGCCCAGUAUGCAGGGCGGACCUCGCUGGUGGGGGGAUUCCUCAGUGUGGGGCAGGCUGCUGUGCGCAUCCACAAAGUCCAGGCUGCUGACAACGGGCUAUACACCUGUUUCUUCAGCAACGGAGUCUUCAGUGGGCGAACCACCUUGGAGCUGCAGGUGGCAGGUGUGGGCUCUGCCCCCCAAAUGCACAUCGCGGGGCCAGAGGAGGACGGGGUGCGUGUGGUGUGCACAGCCUCAGGCUGGUUCCCGGAGCCCCAGAUGCAGUGGAGACACCCCCAUGGGGAGCAGUUCCAGAACUUCUCCAAGGUCCAGGCCCAGGACACUGAGGGGCUUUUCAGCGUGGAGGCUUCUCUGGUGGUGAGAGACAGCUCUGUGGGGAGCGUGACCUGCUCCAUCCUCAACCCCGUCCUGGGCCAGGAGAAGGCCAUGGCCAUGGUCAUCCCAGAGCCCUUCUUUCCCCGGGCCUCUCCCUGGAAGCCGGCUUUCCUGGUGAGCCUGACCUUGUUGCUGCUCCUGCUCCUGGGGGCUGCCUGCUACACCUGGAGAGAACAUUCCACACAGGUUCUCCAGGAAGCUCUAGACCAGAGGAAGGCAGCUUACCUGGCUGCCUGGAGGAAAGCCCAGCUGUAUGCAGAUUGGCAGAAGGAGAAGUUCCAGGCCUGGCCUGUCACUCUGGAUCCACGUUCUUGCCACCGCAGAAUUGUCCUCUCUCAUGACAAGAAGAGUCUGACUUUUCUUCAGGAUGGAAUGGAAGGAUUAUACAGUGUUUUGGGUCUUGAGGGCAUCACAUCAGGGCGCUGUUACUGGGAGGUAGAGGUCACGGAUGUAGACAGAAUUGAGUGGGGGUUGGGGGUCAGGAGGAAAGAUGAGAAAACAAGAUGCAACUUUCCGUCCCCCCUGGAUGGGUUUUGGGUUUUUGCCCAGUUUGAAGGUAAUUCGCAAGCCCUUACUGACCCUCCUACUCCACUAUCCCUUAGGCAUGUUCCCCACAGGGUGAGGGUUUUCCUAGACUAUGAUCACGGGGACGUCUCCUUCUAUGACAUGACUGAUGGCUCCCACAUCUUCUCCUUCCCUCCCGAGUCCUUCUCCGGGCCCCUCUUUCCAUACUUUGUCUGUUAUACAGGAGCCGUGUCCAUGACCCUCUGCCCCCUGAGGCUGGGCCCCAGAAGCCCUCUGUGCCCAUGAACAAACUUCCUUCUCUAGGGGAGCCUGUGAAUCCCCCAGGGGAGGGGAUCCCCUCAGGCUUUGGUGUGAAUGGGGCUGCCCCAGGGCCUGAAGCCCCCCUCCUCCCCUGCACCCCUGAGACCAUGUCCCCAUGAAGCCCCUCCCUGCCCAGCCCUGCCCUGGGCUCUUCUUGGGGCUGCAGGUUCCCUGUGGACAAACCUGUGAGUGAGUCCUGGAUGCUGGAGUCUCGUCCUCCUGCUCUGGGUGCAGAUUCCUGGGCCGUGGCUGUGAGGUCAGGUCAGGCCUUGUGCUGAGACAUAAUUUUGAACUUGUUUAAGGGUAGAAUGAAUAUUUCCAUGGGAAAUCAUUUUUUAUCUGGUAAAGAAAAUAUUUACAAGGGAUUUUAUGUUGUUAGGACAGGAAAGGGAAUGAGCUCUGAAUGAUUCUCCUACAUUAAUUGGAGUUUACUUUAUCCAACUUGUAUGGGGAGCCAUGCUACCCAUGUCAUCUGACAAAGGUCCGGGCAUGGGGCAGAUUCCUCAAAAGUCAGGAAUCUCAUUAGCUGAUUCCUGUUAGAUUCUCCCCAUUUGUUUAGGGCUAGUUUCUACCAUUGCUAAAAUAAACAUUUAAAAGUAAAACUGCAAAUGCUGUUUGAUCAAUUACUGAAUAACCAAUUUGAUGGCAAGUGGCUCUGCGUGAUACAAAUAUUACAUUUUUUAUAAAAUUAGUAAUUCUCUGCCAAAAGGCAGUAAUUCAACAUUUGGCCUUACAUUAAAAACUGAAAAAAACUUCUGGGAACAAAAGGCUGUGAACAUCUUUUGGCCAAGUGUUUAAUAUGGAUAUGUAGUCUUUUGAAGGGGUAAUUGGAGAAGGAAAUUCUCUUACUUUAAAGUUAAAGAUAGCAGUUGGGUGGCAGAUGCAAGCCAUGCUCCAAGUAUAAGAAAAUUCCUGAUAAGCCAGGAGAUGCCACAGCCGGCUCCUGCUAAAUUCUUCCUGUUUAUUUAGGGCUAUUUCCCCUGGAGGUGACAAUUGGUAUGGUUGCUGUUCGAGUAUGCAUUCAAGAAUAAGUCAACAGCAAUUUUGUGACUAGUUGAGCUAGUAACCAUGGCAGCACAAAUAAUGCACUCGGAAAUAGUAGAUGUUACAACUAUUGAUGUGUCACAUAUUAACCAUUCUGAGAACCAAAAGCUAUAACCAUCAGCAAUCUUACAGAGAAAAGGAGUUUUCCUUUGAUCUUAAAGUUAGAUUCGGAAACUAGGCUGACUAGAUAAGUAGAGGAGUAAUAGGUAGAAAGCCCUUUUGUUAGAUUAGGAGAAUUCUUCCUUUAAUUGACAGCUGGGGACUAGGGAAGAGUCAGUGUGGCUUGCCUGGCAUUAAAGCCCUCCAGGCCCUUUGUUCCUUAAGGAUCAAUAUUAAAACAAUAUACUAUUGAUGAUGAUUUCUAUAUAAAAGUCUUCUGUUUUUUGCUUUAAUUAUUUGGUUAUAUGUUAAUCUAAACUUUAUAGGUCAGUUAGAAAAUAUCCCUUUGUCUCCCUUCCCCCAGGUAACUUCCUGCCCUUUGUUUCCCCUAGCCCUUAGUUAAUUGUUCACUAAGGCAAACAUAGAAAUGUUAAUUGCAGUCACAUAAGCUUUCUGCUAGUAAUAAAAUGACUGGUUGUUUAAGGUAAAUGACUACUCUAAGAGCAUUUUGUUUAGCAAAUGUGCCUUCUUUAAAUCAAAAGAUAAUAAAUGCCACAACCUCAGCAGGAGGGCAAAUAAACCCUUGGCAGUUCUGGAGAAAGAUGUGAUUGUUAUCUUCCUGCCCUAAUGCAUAUGCUUAUGCACUCUCGCAGUUUGCUUGAAAUGCAUAAAUAAAGGGCUGCUGAGACCCUCAGCAGGACUAUGCCUGU